UCGCCAUCUGCUCAUUGACCACCACGAACUGACUCUACUGGCACCUAUGCUGACCGCUGCUCACCAUCCACCGUUCACGAAUACCUAGCUGACUUUGCUUCGAACACCAUGGGUGCCGCCCCCACCGCUCCCGACCUCAGCGUCUCCCUCGAACCCCACCUCCUCGACACGCUCCGCCCCCUCCGCACUCGCGUUCCUCCUUCCCUCGCCGCAGACCUCGAACCGUACCUCGCUACCCCGCCCCCAUCCGAAAUCCCCUACGCCAUCCUCCUCCGCGUAUCGCAAUGGGCGCGCGCGGCCGACCUGCACUCCCUCGGCCUGAAGCCAUCCGACUACACCAUGAUCUCCCUCCUCGCCGGCGCGCGCACCGCUCCGGGCGCGAAGCUCGGAAGGUACGUGCCGCCGCAAAGCGCGGAGGACGCCGCAGCGCAAGGCGUGCGGGACCGGAAGGCCAUCACGGCGCUGCUGAACGCGCUGCUGAGCGUCGGGGGCGCGGCCUUCGCGGCGUGGUGGGCGGCGGAUAAGACGGGGUGGAGGAAUGAGUGGAGGGUGCUGUUUGCUCUGGCCGUGGGCGCGGUCGUAGCGAUAUCGGAGGCCGUGCUCUACAUCAUCUGGCAGUCGCGCGCCACGGGCAAGCUGAAGCCUCUCAAGCUCAACACUCAACGAACUGCGCGCCACAAACGCAUUGACGCGCCAAAUGAGGAUGUUGACGACACAGAGCAGCCUCCAGGCGGCAAAGGCAAAGGACAAUCCACAGACCUCCAAGAUGCGUCGGGCGACGGCGACUUGCGCAAGCGGAUAACCCAGAAAGGGUCUGCGGAGGACUCGUAG